CUUUUCGUCAGGCAUCCUCAGACGACGCCCGAUUCUAGCCCCAGUGCAUUGUGGUGCGGCCCCGCUCUUCUGUCGGGAUCCACCGCUAACGUGAAGCUGUGGUGAGGGCCCAGAGUUUCUUCAGACAUGUCUGUGAGGGAGUCCUUUAACCCCGAAAGCUAUGAGCUGGACAAGAACUUCAGGCUCACACGCUUUGCUGAGCUCAAGGGCACAGGCUGCAAGGUACCUCAAGAUGUGUUACAGAAGCUGCUAGAAACCCUACAGGAGAACCACUAUCAAGAGGAUGAACAGUUCCUAGGGGCAGUUAUGCCUCGAUUAGGCAUAGGUAUGGACACCUGUGUGAUACCCCUCAGACAUGGAGGCCUUUCUCUGGUCCAGACUACAGAUUACAUCUACCCUAUUGUGGAUGACCCCUACAUGAUGGGAAGAAUCGCUUGUGCCAAUGUUCUAAGUGACCUGUAUGCCAUGGGGGUGACAGAGUGUGACAACAUGUUAAUGCUUUUGGGAGUUAGCAACAAAAUGUCUGAGAAGGAGAGAGAUAAAGUCAUGCCACUGAUCAUCCAGGGAUUCAAGGAUGCAUCAGAGGAGGCAGGCACAUCUGUAACAGGAGGACAGACGGUGCUCAACCCCUGGGUGGUGAUGGGAGGAGUUGCUACAACAGUCUGCCAACCCAAUGAAUUUAUCAUGCCAGACAAUGCAGUGCCAGGAGAUGUGUUGGUGUUGACCAAGCCACUUGGAACGCAAGUGGCUGUUGCAGUACAUCAGUGGCUAGAUAUUCCUGAGAAGUGGAACAAGAUCAAGCUGGUGGUAACCCAGGAAGAUGUAGAGCUUGCCUACCAUGAAGCCAUGAUGAACAUGGCUCGGCUCAAUAGGACAGCGGCUGGUCUCAUGCAUACCUUCAAUGCCCACGCAGCCACUGACAUCACAGGGUUUGGCAUCCUUGGCCAUGCUCAGACACUGGCACGACAACAGCGAAGUGAAGUGUCAUUUGUCAUCCACAACCUUCCAGUGCUUGCCAAAAUGGCUGCUGUGUCCAAGGCCUGUGGGAACAUGUUUGGUCUCAUGCAUGGCACCUGUCCGGAAACAUCAGGAGGCCUGCUUAUCUGUUUGCCUCGGGAACAGGCUGCUCGGUUCUGUGCCGAGAUCAAGUCCCCGAAAUACGGAGAGGGCCACCAAGCGUGGAUCAUCGGGAUUGUAGAGAAAGGAAACCGCACCGCUCGCAUCAUUGACAAACCUCGGAUCAUAGAGGUGGCACCACAAGCUGCCACGCAGAAUGUCAACCCAACACCUGGUGCAACCUCUUAAUCCUCCUUUGCUGAAUCAUAGACCGGAAAACCCCAAAAGCUCUGCUGAGUGAUUUUAGACACAUAAACUACAAAACCAUCCUAGAGUGUUGAAAUAUAUACACAAAAUAGUAUGUACACAGAAAAGACUGGGUUGGCGUGUAUCUACAUGAAAAACAGCCCCACACAGUGCUCGGGGAGCAUGUCACCACCCAGUGGACUCAACCUGCAGUAUCCCCAUGAUAAAAAAUUGGUAAGAAAUAGAGCAUACUUAAAAUCCAUAUGCCUUUUGUGUCUGUUGUAUUCUGUUAUGUUAAAUGUGCUCGACUGGCAGGCAGCUUCUGGUAAGAGAGUGAUGAAGACAAUAAUCUGAUACUGUUGAUUCAUUUUGAAUCUUAGGAAGUUUGGAGUCUGUUGCCUCUUUUAAAAUUGCUCUCAUCAAGCGACAUCAAGGAUCGUGUGAUGGUGUUUUUGUUUGUCCAUUCACUUUGUACAGUUAUAAAGCCUAGUUUUAGUUCAUUGCUGUAACUGAUGCCUUGAAAGAAACUGAGUGUGAGCAGAAUGGUUUGUUUUUUAUUACUUUGACUUUUUGUAUUGUCCCCACGUAAACUAAUAAAUAUUCAAAUAGAAGAUGGUUUGUUCUCACUAUUUGGGGGCUGCAGUCCUGUGAAUGACCUGAAUCAAAUGUGACAUUAUCUACUUACAUCAUAGAACUGCAGAUUGAUUUUAAACAGAAACAGAUGAUGCUGCUCUUGUGUGCAUUCCUCUGAAGUCACAGAUGAAUCAUGGUUAUAAGUCAUAGACGAGAAGAAAUCUGCUUAACCCUCAGGAGAUGAACCGUUGACCAUCUGUAUUCCCAAUAAUUGAAUUGUGGAACUGUACAAAAGGAAAAAAAAAACUUUAUCAGUCAACAAAUGCUCUAAUCCCUGUUGCCUUUGUUCAGGAUCUGGUGCUUUUAGGUUUGUCUCUCUCAAUUUUGCCAGAAGAUUUACACAGAGAGAUCAGACUUAUUGUAAUUUAGUUUCCAGCUGAUCAAAGUCCAGAUCAUUUUUGUUUUUCAUGACAGCUGGGAUGAAUCUGGAAGUCUGUAAAUGUUCAUGCAGAUAUCAGGAACAAGAUAUAACCUCCACCCCACCUCUUAUAAUAAACUUCUCUUAUAAUAGA